AAGGAAGAAAAAUAUGGCUCAAACUCUCGAUUGGGAUGUUGUUAUUGAUGCAAUCUCAGGAAAAAAUGUUGGAAUGGGAGUUGAUGAGAAAGCAUUGAUAACUACACUGGGGAAUUCACACAAGGAUCAUAGAAAAUUGUUUAGGAAGGCAAGCAAAAGUUUCUUUGAGGAGGAUGAAGAAAGAGCUUUUGAGAAGUGUCAUGAUCAAUUUGUCAAACAUCUCAGGCUUGAGUUCUCUCGCUUCAAUAAUGCGGUGGUGAUGUGGUCGAUGCAUCCAUGGGAGAGAGACGCGAGGGUGGUGAAGAAAGCACUAAAGAAAGGAGAUGAAUGUUACAGUCUCAUCGUGGAGGUGGCAUGCACUCGCUCCUCUGAGGAUCUCCUAGGCGCACGCAAAGCUUAUCACUCACUCUUCGACCAGUCGAUGGAAGAAGACAUUGCAUCUAACAUCCACGGCUCUCGCCGCAAGCUGCUUGUAGGCCUCGUGAGUGCUUACAGAUACGAAGGGAACAAGGUGAAGGAUGAUUCAGCCAAAUCUGACGCUAAGAUUUUGGCCGAGGCAGUGGCUUCUCCAGGAGAGAAAGCCAUAGAGAAUGAUGAGGUUGUUAGGAUCCUCAGCACAAGGAGCAAACUUCAUCUCCAACAUGUCUACAAACACUAUAACCAAAUCAAAGGCUCUGAUCUUCUUGGGGGUGUAUCUGAGUCUUCAAUUCUCAAUGAUGCAUUGCUUUGUUUGCUCAAACCCUCUGUGUACUUCAGCAAGAUUUUGAAUGCGUCUUUGAACAAAGAUGCGGACAAGGGUACCAAGAAAUGGUUGACAAGAGUAUUCGUUACGAGAGCGGAUCAUAGUGAUGAGAUGAAGGAUAUCGCAGAAGAGUAUAAUCAGCGCUACGGUGAGACCUUAGCCCAAAAUAUCCAAGAGAAGAUUAGAGGAAACUACAGAGACUUCUUGCUCACACUACUAUCCAAAUCGAACUGAGAAAGCAUUCUCAAGACUUUUUGUUAUUGAACAUUUGAAUUCCUUUUGGUUUUGUGUUACUAUCCCAACAUUUGCGUUUUCUAUACCCUUUUAUUCGAUUUGAUAAUAAAGAGUUGUUGUCGUUGGUGACAUGAUUCAAUGGGAGAAGAAGAGUGUGAAAAAUUAUUUUUUUCUUAAAGAUAUUUUUGCA